UCUCGCUGAUAUUAACUGAUGCCACCUGGAAGCCCCGCCCCCUUCCCUCCAUCUCACCUGCUCUCGACUGCUCUGGACUCGCGGCGCGCUCUCGUUUUCUCUCACGGUAAAUGGAGAAUGCUUUGAGUUCUUUAAUUUGAAAUGAAAUCCAUCAGUGUAUGUUUAACAUUAGACAAUUUUAUAGUUAACAUCAGCUAGAAUAUUAGUUCAAAGAUUUUGACCUAAACAGAUAAGAUAAGACAUUGGAUUACCAAAUGUCAGGAGGUCUGAAGUGUCAGACGCAUUACAACACUUUGGGCAGUAGAUCAAAAGUGGAAAUGUCAGCAAUGUUGACAUUAGACUACUGCUUGAAGCAGGAUUAUUUUGAAAAUGUACCUGUUUUUCCCUGUUUACUACACAUUACUGCAGAAUCACCGAAAAAUCCAGCUGAGUUUUCGUGAUUGUCUCUGCCCGGUAAGCAGUUCCCGACUGCACAGAUUAUAUUAUUACACCUCUCCUACUCUCCUUAAACCUGAAAUGGUGGAAAUGCUCAUUUUCCUGUCCUCUUUUAGGCUAUCGGUUCUGGACGAUUAAAUUGUUCAUUAAGAUUUUUGAAGUGGUUCAUCACAAGUACGGAAAAAUCAAUAUCGCACAAACCACUUACAAGCCGUAGCCAUUUCUUUUACCCCUGGCAUCAGUCACGGAAAUGAGACCUGAUCGGCUUCCUGUAGACGUGGUGAUUAUACUUCCGACCUCAUGAAACUAAACCUCAGUAAUUAUCUAGCUUUUUGGCACAGUUCCGGAGCGUGUCCGAGGUGGGAAUACAUCCUGGAGGGGACGCCAGUCCAUCACACGGGACCAUUCCGACACUCAUUCACACACUUUUUCACACGCUCAUUCAUACACAGUGGAAUGUUUUAGCUUUUAGCAGGUAGGAGGAACCUGGAGAACCCGGAGGAAACCCGUGUGUAUACAGAAAAAAACAACUGAAACUCCACACAGACAAAACCUGAGCUGUGAGGUAGCAACACUACCUGCUGAGCUCUGCUGUGACAUCAUGACUACACACACACACACACACCUGUACCUUUCUCAUUUUAACCGAAAAUGAAUCUUGGACAGCAUUCACUGUCUUCUUAAGCCAUUAUUUUAGCAAACGUGCUCUCUACAGAACACGCACACAAAGCGCAGUCUGUCAUUUUACAGAGGAUACGGAAAGCGGUACCGAGACCGAGAGCGCUUACAACCGAGACUCCUUCCAUAAACGUUAAAUAAACGUCUCCUUGCAAAAAAACUUCACCACAUCAACGAUUAUAAGAAUUACUUUAAUAAACAACAACCCGUUAUUAAAUCUGUUUAUUAUUAGUCUGUGAUUAUGCGGAGCAUCCGCUGUACAAGUCCCUGUGUAUGAGCUGUUACUAUAGAAACAAUAACGCAGCAGAACGUUGAUUAAAAUUAACGUUCAUGUUACAGCCGGAACUACCUGUCCUGUUAUACGAAAAUAAUUCACACCUUCUAACCAAUCAGAUUCGAGCAUUCAACUGCGCUGUGGUAUAAUGCUUGCUAGAAAAUAGCACACACUUUUUGCGUUAUGUUAAGCAGAGUAAUUUUAACUCAUGACUGUUAAUGAAUACAGGAAAACACCUCCUGAUUGGAAAUGAUGAGCAGUUAUAAUAUUUUUAAAUUUCCAUGAUUACAAUAUUGUGUUAAAUGUUGCAAUGUAUCAUACAGCUGAUUAUCAGCAGAGGCCGACUACUAGCGGUUAACCUCUAACACAAGAAUGAUGUUUAUUUACGCCGAAUACGAAUACAUGGUUUGGACUGAGGCGUGCAUCGGGAACGAGAUCCUGCAGGACGUGACGAGAAAGUUGCAUGAGCGGGAGAUUUUUAUUUUCAUGCAGUUAGAUAUGAAGCUUGUUGGACAAAGAAGGACCACGUUCAUUAACACAUAUGUACAUUCAUCUUUAGUAAUCGCCUGGUGCGGGCUGCACUGGUUUAAAUUAGCAGUAGCUACGAGUUUGUUGGGAAAUACAACUAAAUAAAUUUGUUUGAAAAUAUAGCAGGUAGGUAUGAUGAAGAAUAAAUAACUGCUUGAUCAGCAGGAUUAGAAGUGCCUGAGCUGAGAUUGAGGAAAUGUCUGAGCCAGAUUUCACACACCAUUUCUACCUCUGGGAAUUUUUCCUCGUGAUUUCCAGUGUUUCUAGUGCCAGACUGGAAGGAUUCGUAUUAAAAACAGCCUUUGGGUUUAAAUUCAAGAUAAAGAUACGGAUAGCGGAGUUGCUUUACACCCCUAAUUUACAUAUAAGUUGUAUUUGUAACAGGAAGUCGUAAAAGACAUGCCAGGGACAAUAAUGGAGCAUGUAAUAUGGAUAUGUGGAAAAAAUGUCUGACUUGCAUGUCUUUAGUUAAAUGACUGACGUUCAUCCAGUAAUUCCAGGAUGAUUUUUAAACAACAUGGACUUGUUAAGAAACUUGUUAAGCUUCUCAGUAAAAAAGAUAUUAAACUGUACCUUUCCUUGUCCCUUUAAUAUGUACCUUUUAGCUGGAAAAUGAUUUAAGGUACAGUACAUGCACCUUUCCAGGUAAAAGAUACACAGUGAAGGUAUAAAUUACCGCUAGGGCUGGGCGAUAUAACGAUAUAAUAUCGAUAUCGUGAUAAAUUAUGUCACAGUACAGUUUUCUGAAAUAUCAUGGAUAUUUUGAAUUAUUUAAAAAAACUUUUAAUACAGACUCACUUAAAUGUGAUGUUAUUCAUUAAAAUUGUAAAACAUUUUUUAGAUAUUUUUUCCUCAUUUGUAGUUAGUUUUUUUUUUAAUGCCACACCGGCAGUAUGGGAGAACACUUAGAUAUCGUGGAUCGCAGAAAUGCCUUUGAGACUCGUGAUGUGAGAUUUCUGUCAUAUCGCCCACCUCUAAGCAUCACAUCGAGACUAUUUUUUUCUGAGAAUGUUAUAUGGAUCAUUACCCGUAAAAGAAAGACACAAUGAAGGGUCCUUACAAUAAGAGCUCGCUGGAAUUCCCUGUGUGUUUGGGUGAAAGUGUGUAUUCAAGCCCGAGCUUGUGUGAAGACCCCAUUACAUGUGUCACAGUCAUACAGUGAUUCCGACACUGCUUCAUUCUGCAAACACUCAGCUUCCUCUUACUUCAACUCAUCACUUUCACCCCUGCACUUAAAUGUGGGUGAAGUAAACAUAAUUCCUUCCCUUUUCACUAUGCGUUCUCUGCUGCUGAUGACCUCCAAGAGGAAUCUCUGACUUCCCCUGCUACAUUUUCCCUGCCUCGUAUGCAUGUGUAUGUGUAUUUAAGAAUAGUCUUCAUCUACCUUCUUGUGUAAUUAUUAUUUCACUUCCUCACUCCAGCAGCACUGUCCCUGACAUGGGUUUGAGGCUCUGAUUUUUACGACAUUUGUGGCUGAUAGAUUAACGACGGCAAAACAUUUAUGUGGAAGAAUGGAAUUUCACACGUGGCAGCUGGACGCCGCUCUUUCUGACCACGUCUUUUCCAACUUCAAGAGGACCAAAUAAACAAGUGAUAAUUGGAAAACCACCCAAAUAAACAAAACUAAGGACAGUUUUACUUCUUCUGUCCUACAGAACAUAACAACAAGUAACAAUGCUAACAGUGAUCAAAAGUGCGUUACAGUGAUAUUAUCACGGGAUUGGGUGUUCUCAGACAUGACGCUAAGCGCAGUACCUAAAACGCCCUUACCUGUGAGAAAAUCACUUUAACACACAGCUUUGAGUGGCAUAUUGCUUUCAUAAAACUGACACAUAAAAUCCAUUGUUCAGUAAAUAAAUAACUGAAUUUAUUAUUAAAAAUAUUCGUAAGAAACUAUUCUUAUGCCAUGCAACGUUAAGCAACAUAUCGGACAAGGAUUAGCGUAUUCUAUGGACAGAAUAAUUGCUUAAGUUCAACUUUUUUGAGGGUAAAAAAAUGAAAACAUUAAAAAUGAAAACAACAAAUCAGAUUUUUGAACUGUCUGUUUUGAUAUGAAAUGUGAAUAAAAAAGGUACAUAAUUGGACCAUGAUUAUCUUAAAGCUUUAAAAGAAGGAACUGUAAAGAUACUAAAGCUGUACAUUUGACAUUUGAGACCAGGAAUGGUACAUUUUAGUGCUUUUUUUAUUCUAAGCUUCUCUCUUAAAAAGUUAAUGUUGGUGGUUAAAUAAAUGUCAGUGUGCCAGAGUAAUUAGGUCAUAUGUGUAAAAUUUCCAACUGGGUGAUGGUGCUUAGUUCUUUGCUUAUUGUCGAUGCUCUUACAGUUCCUCAUUAUCGUUUGCAUUGUCUUGUGCUGGGAAUUUUUGCUUCUGUCUCACCUGCCUAUAAAUUCUGGUGAGUUUGAUCAGUUGUUCAUUGUGAGCACGGUUUCAGAAACUUCAUUGUGCAUAGACAGGGAAAAAAAAGAAGAUGAAUUGGAUUUACAUCUUUGCCUUGCAUCUAACCCUUCUUCACAUCGGGGCCAGCAGUACCCUGAGGGUUAUCAAGCCAAACGUUAUUGCUUUGGAAGUAAAUGGAAACCCGAUGGAAAAAAAGACCUCAGUUGAACUGAGUUGUGGAGAUCAUUUCGAAAACACUGAGAUCCACUGGCGGAAAAAUCAACAUAACAUCCCUGCUAAGGGCAACAGUAUAUUAGUGACUAUCGAGGCGAUGCUGGGAGGAAACUUCACCUGCCACAGCGCAUCAGGAGAUGUUCUGAACCACACGCUGGUGCUGGUCAGUCCACUGGACUUUGAGAAAGCCAUUCUGCUACGAAACGAUGACAAAGAAUUCGUUACCUGCGUAGCGAGAAACUACAGUGGCCCGUUCCACUGCUCUUGGAAAUGGGAUCCUAUAAGGAAUGGAGUGGUGGUGUUUUUCAGAGCUUUUCGGAACUCGAGCGUUAUCAACUGCUCCCUGGACGCUGAUAACGCAGGCCUGACUUGUGAGGAUCUGCAGUGUCCCUUCUCUGAGGAGGUGACUCGCAUUAACCUCACCUUGCUGGUCCGGAACCAGUACCGCUUAGAAGAGCACCAGAGGACUUUCUUCAUCCAUGACAUAAUCAAGCCAGGAAAGGUCAGCAUCACCAAGGCUGAGAAUAACGAGUUCGAGUGGGAAGUCCCCAAAACGUGGAACCGUCCUUGUACGUUCUUCCCGCUGCGAUAUGAAGUGAAAGUGGUUUCACAUCGCAAGGACUGUGAUGAGACAUCUCAUGACCACGGAGGAAGCCAUUCAGAUAGCAUUUACGUUAGCGAGACCCAAUAUAAAGUCUCCGGCAAGAAGAGUUAUACGUUCUGUGUGAGAGCUCAGGACGCCUUCACCAAUAAAGUCUGGAGUGACUGGAGCCAGCACAAGGUCAUCAAACAUAAAUCGAAAGAAUAAAAGGGCAAGAAGAAAAGGUCCCACUUCAGUCUGACCAUUUUACAGUCUGUUUAUUUUUCCAGUAUGAUAGCUGUAUAUCAGUCUGCGUACUGUUAAAGGAAAAUAAUAAGUGAUAUUUUUUUAUUCUUCUUAUAAUACAGGAAUUUGCCAAUAUUUAUUAUUUAUUAAACAAUGACACAUCAGCAACCUCUCUUUUUUCUUUCUUGAACUUAUUAUGACACACAAUUUAGCUUGUCACAUGAGCCAAAGUCCUGAAAAUUUCCCCCCAGAGGUUAAAAUUACAAAUAAACGAAGUGCUGAUACCGAAGCUUUUGUUCGUAAAUGUUAUGCUGCAUUCGAAUGAACU